CGUGCAUUAAAAAAACACGUUGUUACGUUGUUAAAUUAAAAUUGUGUGUUCAUUAGGGCAUUUUUAACCGUUGGUGGAGUGUAUGCAUUUGUAUUGUCAAAAAGAUCAGUAGAAGGCCGCAGAUUCGAGACAUUACGUGUGCGAGAGCGCAUGAAAAAGGCAAACCACGGUGAAUACGAUCACACAAUUUCGGACAGGCGCUUCGACUAGAAAACAACUGCAAAUACAAUCAAAUAAAUAAAAAAUAUAUAUUUAUUUAUAACCAACUUACAUUAGCAACUACAUAUAAUACAUAACAAAAAUGGCUAUGCCACAAAUAAGCGUGGCCGACCAGGCAAAAUUGCAGCUGAUGCAAGAAAUGGAAAUUGAAAUGAUGUCGGAUUUAUAUAACCGCAUGACUAACGCCUGUCACAAGAAGUGCAUCCCGCCGCGCUACGGCGAGUCAGAAUUGGGCAAAGGCGAAAUGGUUUGCAUCGACAGAUGCGUUGCAAAAUAUUUGGACAUACAUGAAAAGAUUGGCAAGAAGCUAACGGCCAUGUCCAUGCAGGACGAGGAGCUGAUCAAAAAAAUGUCUAGUUAAAUUUUAAGUUUCUAGGAUUUGGUCACAUUGACCCGAGCCAAAGCGCAUUUCAAUUGUUACGUUUUACACACACCACGACAGGCACACACACACACACACACAAACACAAAUAAACAUAGUACGCAACAA